AUGCAGAAUACUGGAAUCAUGCACCCUGGUAAAAGUAACGACUAUGUAACUACCAAAGAGCCAUCAAGCGUUCCUAACCCACAAUUCAUUGCGGACAAAACUGAUGCCAUACAAAACCAAGAUAAUAAAUCGUCGAAAAAUAAAACCUCGUAUUGGAACGCAUUCGUCGGUCUUUUCAUGGGACUGCUUUCUGGUGCAAGUUUCGCGGUAUCUGACAUAUUCGCGCUACUGUGUAUCAAGUUGGGCUACUCGCCAGCACAGGCUUUGCUCGUGAAGUCAUUAGUAACCAUGGCAGCAGCGAUGCCGUUUCUCAUUUACAAGAAAGUUAAUAUUCUAAAACUGUCUCGGAAGGAUACUUUGCUGAACGUUGUUAAAAGCUUAAGUGAAAAUGCAGGUGACUUCUUCUACUAUUAUGGCUUGGAUUUCAUUGGAAUGGGAGACACGACGUCAAUUGUAGUAGGAUCGUUGCCUAUCUUCACACCUAUCUUAGCACGUCUAUUCAUACACGAGCAUUUCCGGUUUCAUGACUGCAUUAGUAUAAUAAUCAACAUUGCCGGAAUUGUACUCAUCGCACGGCCUGAAUUCAUAUUUGGCGAUACCACAGACGCACCAGCAAUCGGAUAUAUUUACGCUAUAUUAACUGGCCUCGGCUUAGCUAUCGGCACUGUGUGUGGUAGAGAAAUGUCCGAUGGGCAAUCUUUGCUAGUAGUUAUAUUCUAUAACGGGUUAUGUGGAGCUAUACUUAUGUUAAUUCUAGUGUACCCGACGAGUAGUUAUCGUAUGUAUGUAUUGAUACCUCAAUAUCCCAUAACGAUUGCAUAUAUGGUUGCCAUGGUAGCCUGGUAUAUUCUUUAUCUAUACACAUACAACAGAGCGCUACAGCUGCUGAGUGCCGGCAAAGUAGCGCUGUUGGCCAACGGCUCCAUGAUUGUUGGUUUUAUAGCCGAUGUUACUGUGUUUAAUAGGGAAAUUGUUUACUUGGAAUUCAUUGGAGCUGCACUGAUUAUUCUAAGUGCCGCGGUUGUUUGCGUGCUCGUUUGGUUUGAAACAAGAAAAGAAUUGAAUGAAAACACUAAACUUAUUAAGAAUUAA